UGUGGACAGGCUAGGACUGUGGGGCGCCCUCUCUCAGGUCUCUGAGGGUCAGGGCUGGACGCUUCUGAAUGGGGAGCUAUUUCCCAGUUAUCUCCUGCUGGGGCUUCCCCUCCUGGGUCCCAUGGAGACCGCAGAGCCCACCCUCUCCCCUCUCCCCUCUGGGACAGAGUGGUGUGUCUGAGCCCCUGGGGUGGGCAGAGGCUGGUGCAGGUGUGGUGCUCUGUCCUCCGUAUCCCACAGAAGAGAGAUGCUGAGGACUGUCCAGCCCAGACCCCCCAGGGAGACCAGGGAUAAAGGAAGCCCAGCAGGAGGGACAGACUGGUCAGUUGGGUGGGGGUCCCCAGGAAGCUGGGCUGGCGGGAGCCCUGCAGGGGCACCGGGACCAGAUGGGGCAGGAGACUUCUCUGCACCCAUGGGCUUCAUCAAGUUCAGAGGAGAUGGCGUUGGAAUGACUGAUAGGAGGGGUAAGAGCAAGAGGAGGUCUCCAGGAAGCCAGACCCCCAGACCCCAGGAAGACAACAUUCAUGACCCAGCAAGGAGGGCGGUUUUCACCAGCCUCUCCAGGCUCACAGUCUCUGAGGGUCCUGAUCCCUCCUGGGAGACCAGCCUGGGCUUCUCAGGCCCAGGCAGAGUCAGCAGGGAGGCGGCCGGCCAUGGGCCCCGGCUCAGAAGACCCCCACCUGUGCAGGGCCUCCUGGCUCCUGCGAUUCACCAGCCUCCUCCUCAGUGUCUGCAGCGCUGUGACCCAGAGUCCUGGAGCCCGUGGGUCUGCCGUGGACGAUUCUGGAAACCCUGUUACUCUGAAGGGGGCUCAAGGAACUCCUGUGUUGUUUCAAGUGAUCAGAAAUCCAGAAUUACCUCCAGAAUUUGAGCUGGAGAAGAUGUCUUGGGGCAUCGUAUCCAGAUCAAAUUACAUAGUCAUGCUGUAUGUGUUUCCUGGGAGAGAUGUUCCAGAAUGGGUCAACUUCCAGGACAAGUUUGAGAGGAGAGUCUAUGUGCUCAACAUAAUGACCCUAAGGAUUGUCAACCUGACCCUUGAGGACAGUGGACUGUACCGGGCUCGAGAGUCCUAUACGAGAGGAAGACAGUAUGACCAGGAUUUCCACCUGACGGUCUACGAAACAGAUCCACAAGGACAGACCGGUGCUGCCCACUUGUCCGGUAUCCUGGUGUCUGUUGUGGUCGUGCUGCUGAUCCUCGGAGCUGGACUCUACCUUUGGAAGACAUGUGGGAAGAAGAACGUGGAGCCUGGGAGAGGCAGGGACAGGAUCACAGGAAGAACAUGGGAACAUGAUCGUUGCAUCCACUCUGCAGAGCUGAGCCAGCAGGAGUCUGGAGACCACAGGGACAAGGGUAUGUCUGCAUUCCACAUCUAGAAGAGGAGAACUCUCACUACUGUCUACAGUGAGGUCUGCAGGCCAGGCCAGGACAUGACGUGAUUUAACUAGAAGAAGCAGGAGAAUCCCGCCCCGGGGACACCUGUCUCAGGAGCAUGAUGCCCGCAGCUCUGGUCCUGCCUUUUCCACCUCUGAUGGCUCUGAGCAGGGACUGGAUGGGUCCAGAACUUAUUUCUGUGCUAAAUCUUUGUGCACAAGCUCCCCAUGAGACACACACAGUGGUAGAUCAGGGAAACUGAGUAAAUAAAUUGGUCCAAACCUG